AGGCGGACGUGGCGCUCAUGCAGGAGGAGUGCGCCGCGACUUGCGGCUUCUGCUCGAAGGCCGUGGAGGCGGACACGCCCGCAGAGAGGCGCAGCUUCGACCACCAGUGCCCCGACGGGACCGAUUUGGGCGGCGGUGACAACUCGUCCCCCUCCCUGCUCCACCCGCCGCCGCCGCCGCCCUCGCCGCUGGCGUCCCCGCCCUCGCCCUCCUCCACCGCUGCCGCCCGCGUCUCGCCGGCGCCGGCGCCGGUGCUUGCCCGCUCUGCCGCUCGGCCGGUGGAGCAGCCACCCCGUGGCGUGGAGGCCCGUGGCAUGGAGUGGCCGCGGCCGGUGCCGCAUCCCUCGCGGAAGGAGGCUGCGCCGCCGGGCGACAUGCCCGCGCAGGCGGCGCGGCGCAUGCCGCCCCGACCCAGAGAGCUGUACGCGGCCGAGCCGAGUGUGGCGACGGACGGGCUCCUGCUCGCCUGGCCCUUCUUUCUCGUCGCGGCUAUCGCCCUCGUGGGCUUGGGGUGGGUGUUGCGUGGCGCGUCAGACCGCAGGCGAAAGCUCAGGCUCGCAGGCGGAGUGACGAGCAGCCGGCGUGUUCCGCCUGUGUGAGCCCGCAAGCUAUGUGUGAGUGCUGCGGCAGUGACGCCAGUGUUAGUACCAAUUAAGCGCGUGGACGGCUUCGCUCCUCUCGGCCCUCUGAGACUGUGGUCUCCCACACUCCCUCUCGAUAAGGCUCUCUCUCUAUG